GCUGAAUUGCUGACACGCUAUUCAAAUAAUUUAUUGAAGUAGUGAAAUUCGGAUCGCUUGUUUAUUGAACAGAAAAAACUUUGUAUAUUUGUGGUAAAACCAAAAUGGCCCAAAAUAUAAACCCCGACCAUUCGCAAUCCGUAAAUUCGUCAAAACAAAAUUCCGAUUGUGCUAUGGCCAAAGAUAAUCAUGCUGUGACGAAAAGAUUACAGAAAGAAUUAAUGAAUCUGAUGAUGACAACAGAAAAAGGGAUUUCUGCGUUCCCAGACGGCGAAAAUAUUUUCAAGUGGAUCGGCACAAUAGCCGGCCCCAUCGAUACAGUAUACACCGGUCACAAAUACAGACUGCAACUGGAAUUCCCGAAUUCGUAUCCAUAUUCAGCACCAGUCGUAAAAUUCCUCACCCCAUGUUUUCAUCCGAACGUCGAUGUGGGCGGCACAAUUUGUCUGGACAUUCUGAAAGACAAAUGGUCAGCGUUGUAUGAUGUGCGGACGAUAUUGUUGUCGAUUCAAUCGUUGUUAGGCGAACCGAAUAACGACAGUCCGCUGAAUGCCCAGGCGUCGAUGAUGUGGGCCAAUCAGACGGAGUAUAAGAAAUAUCUGGAAGACUUCUACGAGCGACAUAAAGACAACUGAAGAUCCACCAAUCUCAAUACCUCCCCGAUUUUCGAUUAAAAAAUUUAAUUGAAGUCUAAAUUAUUCCUGAUGUUUUAAUGAUUUUUUUUGGAUGUUGAUGAGGAUGAGGAUGAUGUAUUAAUUGAAUUUAAUUGAUUUUUUUUUUGAAUGUGAGCUGUAGACUUAAUUCAACUGAAACGUAGCUUAAUUUUAAAUAAUUUUUCUUUGAUUGAUUUUUUUUAGUUUAAUUUAAUUUCCGUAUUCGCAAAUUGAUUCUAUUUUUUUCUUCCUUCAUAAUAUUUGUUUUGAUGAGAAACUUAUCGCACAGUUUGAUGAAUUUUGUGUGCUCGGACGAACGUAUGUUUUAAUUUUUAUCUUGCAAUAUAAUAUGUCAUAGUGGAGACCUUCAUGCGAUUAAAUUUAUCAUUUAUUCAAAUUAAAA